UCUAUCGAUACGACUGUAAUACGUGUUCUGUAACAUUCUAAUCAUCAUAAUAAGUCGGUGUUUUGCUAGUUGUCCGUCUUUGUUCCUAGCUAGGUACACUUGACAUGUCCAUGUGUCUAUUACUUGUUGCCAUGUUUGUUGCAUGUUUCGUUCCAGAUAAUUAAUGUGGAGCAGCUUUUUGCUGAAGGGCACCACCUGUGUCUUGCAGGUGGCAGCCAAAAGCUAUCCAACUUUGCUCCACCAAAGACAUUUUUCUUUCCUGAGAUGUCUGACUCAGAAGCUCACCCACAGGUCUGCUGAAACUCAAUACAUCCUUCAGGGGACAGAGUACCACUGGGUACAUCUUUGCACCAGGACGUAUAAGAAAGGCACAAAAUCGACUGCCGACCUUCCUGUUAGCCCCGUCACGGUCACCGACAUCAAACAAUAUCUGCGCUCCAAAGAGAUCCCCUUCCAGGACGGCUACAGCUGCCUCCAUGCACCCAGCAUCUUCAUCAACUCCGCUUCCAGGAAAGAUGCCUUCUCCCUGUUUAUCAACAAGACCACCGGACAGUUUCUGUGUAAGGAAACUCUGGUGGAAGGGAGCUGGGAGGACCUUCAGGACUGCCUGGAGGUGAUGCAGAAGGAGGAGCAGGACUCCAUCAGUCCGCAUGUGCUGCUGGGAUACCCGGAGAGUGUGGAGGAGGAGGAGGAGCGGGAGAGGGAGCUGGGUGAGGUGCAGAGGAUCUGGUCCAGCUCUGUGUCUCUCUCUGACCUCCAUCAGGAUGAGAUUCACUUGAUUAAAACCAUGUUCCAGAUCACAAAGAUCUCUGAUGCUACCCUGAAAAGGUUUGGCGUGAGGCUCUUCAAGCCAACCAAGAGUUUGGUUUUCCCCUGGUUCGGCGGCCAGGAUUUGACCUUGAAGGGGCUGAAGCUGCUAUCUGCACACAUAACGGACACUCACAAGAUCAUUUAUAACGAAGCUACGCUUCCCAGGAGCAGCACCUACUACAACCUGUUUGGGCUCUCCCUGGUGGGGCAUAAGGACUCAGAGGUGGUGCUAACCGGGCAUGAGUGUGACACCCUGGCGGUAAGCCAGGCCACCGGGCUCCCGAGUAUCGCCCUUCCACGUGGGGUCAGCUGCCUUCCUCCCAUCUUGCUGCCGUACCUGGAACAGUUCAAACGGGUGACCCUGUGGUUGGGAGGUGACAUGCGAUCGUGGGAGGCGUCGAAGAUCUUUGCUCGCAAAUUGGGUCUGAGGCGUUGCUGCCUGGUGCGUCCAGGAGAACACCAGCCGUGUCCUGUGGAGGCGCUGACCCAGGGAAUGAACUUAGGCCGCAUCAUUAAAACCUCUAUUUCAGCAGCCCACAAGUCCAUCGUGUCCUUCAAGCAGCUGAGAGAAGACGUGUACGGGGAGCUGGUCAACACGGAGCAGGUGGGUGGCGUUAAGUGGACAAGGUUCCCGGAGCUCACCAAGAUCCUGAAGGGCCACCGCAAAGGGGAGCUAACAGUUUUUACAGGUCAGACUGGCAGUGGGAAGACGACCUUCAUCAGCGAGGUAGCCCUGGACCUUUGCAUGCAGGGCGUCAACACGCUGUGGGGCAGUUUUGAAAUCAACAAUGUGCGUCUGGCUAAGAUCAUGCUGACACAGUUUGCCAUGCAGAAGCUGGAGGAGAGCCUGGAGCAGUAUGAUUUCUGGGCUGAUAAGUUCGAAGAGCUGCCACUCUAUUUUAUGACUUUCCACGGGCAGCAGAAUGUGAAGACCGUGCUUGACACUAUGCAACAUGCCGUCUACGUGUACGAUAUCAACCACGUCAUCAUUGACAACCUGCAGUUCAUGAUGGGACAAGAAAGCAUCUCAGUGGACAAGUUUGCAAUCCAGGAUCACAUCAUUGGAGCAUUUAGGAAGUUUGCCAGCAGCAGCAGCUGUCAUGUCACUCUGAUCAUCCACCCCCGGAAAGAGGAAGACGACCGCGAGCUGCAAACAGCGUCCAUUUUUGGCACCGCCAAGGCCAGCCAAGAGGCAGACAACGUCCUCAUUCUGCAAGAGAAAAAGAUGGUCACGUGUCCCGGGCGCAGGUUCCUGCAAGUCACCAAGAACCGUUUUGACGGGGACGUGGGCAUCUUUCCGCUGGAGUUCAACAAGACCUCUCUGACCUUCUCGGCUCCCUUCAAGGGCAAACAAAAAGUGAAAAAGGUCCUGAAGCCAGAAAACGAGGAGGUCCAGGAGGAGGAGGAGGAGGAGGUGGUGGUGCCAAAGAAAGAAGAGAAGGUGGUUAAGAAAGAGAAAGCAGCCAAAACUGCAAAGAAGCAGCGAGCUGCGAAGAAUCCUCCAGCGGAUAAUGAAACUGUGAAGUAGUGAUAUGUGUUACUACUGUGUAUUCAUACAAUAAUGAGGUGGUAGAGACUGUGGUUUUCUACUGACGUUGAACAGGGGUCGAUUUUACCAUUUUGUUUUUGUUUUUUUGAAAGACAGAAAAUCUGAUCCAGUCGACACAUUUAUCCCAAAUCCACUGAGAAAAGACUCAUAAGCUGUAAUAUGACACUGUAAUAAUAAUGUCAUAAAUGAGCUGUGGUGAUGCAUAUAUAAUGUAUGAAAUAAUUCCACCAGUACUUUGAAUUUUGUUUCCACCACCUGCCUGCAUCCAACGGAAUAGGAACAAUAUGUGCAUUUGUAACGAAAGUUUGUGUUUUUUUAUAAUCAAGUAAAGCAGUUGUCUAAAAUAUGAAAUAUGAGUUAAUACUUUGGAUGAAUGUUCACAUAAGUGUCAUAGAGUUUCUACAGCUUUUGUAAAAGCUGUACUGUAUGUCAGUAAGACUGAAUACUCUGGUCAGUCACUUCAACUUGUUCAAUUUUAUGAAUGGUGCUCUGACUGAAAUGUACUUUUUGUAGUAAUCACCAUCUUUUUUUGUUGUUGUUGUUUGGUUUUUUAUUGUUUUUGCCAGAAAACUAUCUGGCGUUACAGCAAUGUCUUCUCUACUGACUGUUUUUACACUGAUUUACUUGUAUUAAACUUGGCCAAGUA